AUGGUAGAACGAGUAAUGUUAAUUAAUGAAAUUUCUUCUAUGUAUUCAUCAUUAAAAUUCUUAUUUAUUUUUAUACUUACAUUUAAAUUCGUAACAAAUACUAAUAUUCGAGCGUCUACUAAUAAAACAACUAAUCAUUCAUGUUAUACAUGUAUAGAACCAUUAGUUGGAUACACUGAUCAUACUGGUUCAUGUAGAUUUUUUAAUACAGCAUCACCAGUGGCUUCAAAUUAUAUAAGUGAAUGUACUAGUGAAAAUGGUUAUACUGGUGAAUAUGAAUGUCGAAAAUUAGUUAUUAGUUUUCGUUCAGUUGAAACAUUUUUACGUCGUGAUUGUGUACCAAAAGGUUUAUGUUCAUGGAAAGAUAAAACAAAAUCAAUGAUAGAUACACCUGCAUCUGAUUGUGUUUAUACUGAUAGUGAAGAAGAAAAACUUGAAUGUAUUUAUUGUUGUGAUACACCAUUAUGUAAUCGAACUACAUCAUAUUAUAUAACAAUUCAAUUUAUAUUUUGGUUAUUAUUUAUUCAUUGGUGGAGAAGAUGCAAUUAUUAA